AUGGAGGCUCUGACCCCGCCUACACCAAUACUUGUGGCACUGUUGACUGCCAUCGUCUUCCUAUGUCGAGCCUGGCCCCGUGGGGUAUACCCGAAGACGCUCCUCAUAGGACGAUCUGAGUCAUUCCCUCAAGUCCCAGAGGCCGACAACAGACAAGCUGUCUCCAAGGAAUCGGAUUUUCCUGAAAACUGGCUGAAUAGCAAUGAUAUCUUUGAACUCGAACGGCGCGCGGUGUUCAGCAAGGUAAGCCCGAACAAACAUGCUCCGGGUUCGAAAUUCAGAUCUCUUAACACUUGUGGAUCACAGUCAUGGCUGUAUCUUUCUCACCGCAGCCAGUUCACGAAACCUGGCGAUUAUCAGUCCUUCGAAGUGGCCGGCUUCCCAUUCUUCCUCAUCCUGGGCAAAGAUGGUGAGAUUAGAGCUUUCCACAAUGUUUGUCGCCAUAGAGCGUACACGGUCGCGAAUAAAGAGCGAGGAGGUUCUACCGUUCUCGGAUGUCGCUACCAUGGCUGGAGCUACAACACGAAAGGCGAGCUUAUCAAAGCCCCUCAUUUUGAAAAUAUACUUGGCUUCGAUAAAUCACAGAAUGGUCUGUUUGCUAUUCAUGUUCAACAGAGCACCGACGGCUUCAUCUUUGUGAAUCUCGAAGCGGAUGCACCAGGUGAACUGCUAGAGACCGACCGUCUGACGGACUUCGUGAAACGUAAUGGGCCUAAAGCUCAGUCACGGUGGAUUGGGGGUAAGGCUAUCGAAGGAGUAUUCAAUUGGAAAAUGGCUGGAGACCCUGAUGUUCUGAUAUUUCCCAAUGUCUCGUUUCAUAUCAUCAAGGAUACCAGAUAUUGGUACUCGCUCAGCUUCCAUCCGGCGUCUGAGCGAAAGACGCUGGUUCGAUAUGAUCUGUACUGCUUCCAGAACACGGAUGGCGAUGUCAAUUCUCAGUUGAUUUCAGAUAAGCUCAUUGAGAUGAUAACGGAACAAGUUGCCGAAUUGGAGAGCCAGUAUCAGUUACGAGCCAGAGGGGCUGAGGAUAGCUCCCAGGGAGGUGUGACCGCAACGACAACAGAAGAUAGGGAUUUUCGCUCUCGCUUGGGAAAGUGGAAUCUGCAAAAGGUGAUCCUCGAGCAGCUGAAAAGGCAUACUAAGCUCGAAAAGCUGCAAGGGAUGGAAGUGCAUCCUGCGAUGAGGCAGCCGCGAAUGACGCCAAAGUCCCAGGAGGCCGACCGACGUAAGUCGAUAACCCCUUGGUCGCAAAUUCGGAGCCGGAUGAUCAAGAGUAGCUUCACUGACUCAUCUCAGUUUGCAGAGAGCUCGAAUGCCAUGGCGAGAAAUUCCCAAGUCUGGCCUGGUAGCCGUCUCCGCGUUGAAGCGAUCAAUCAAGUAGUAGGCAUAGCAUAG